AGGACGGGCCCACUGUAGACGGCGGCGAAGGGGUUAAAAGAAAUGACUCCACACAGAGCCACUGUACCACAGAGGGUGCCAGCGCUCACAAACCGAGCCGCUUCCUUGUUCCGAAGCCGCGUUAUCGUGUGCGCGCCCGGCUAGGGUUAAGGAGUGUGUGUGCCCGCGGUGCGCGUCCCCGGCUAGGGUCAGGGAGUGAGUGUGCCCGCGGUGCGCGUCCCCGGCUAGGGUCAGGGAGUGAGUGUGCCCGCGGUGCGCGUCCCCGGCUAGGCGUGCUGCCGCUGCUGCUGCUGCUACUGGUGUCGGAAGAGGAGAGAGUGAGGGCGCCAUAGAGAGAGGUGUGAGCCCGGCUGUGCGGCUGGGAGAGUCCGUGGGGAUGAGCCAGGCAGCGGGCGGCAGAGCUGAGGGAGAGCUGGGCACAGAGUGAGACGAGGCGGGCAGCCCCCAGGGCACAGGAGAGGCCAGUGUAACAGCGGGACUCACGGACUGGCUCACUCACUGCGGGGAACUACUCGCACUAUUGCAGCCUGACAUGAUGCCCGAUCAGAUCUCAGUAUCGGAGUUUAUAUCGGAGACCACAGAGGAUUACAAUUCGCCAACCACGUCCAGUUUCACGACCCGUCUUCAGAGCUGCAGGAAUUCGAUCAAUGUGCUGGAAGAGGCCUUAGAUCAAGAUAGGACAGCGUUGCAGAAAGUGAAAAAAUCGGUGAAAGCAAUUUAUAAUUCAGGCCAAGAUCAUGUCCAAAAUGAAGAAAACUAUGCACAAGCCUUAGAUAAAUUUGGAAGUAAUUUUCUAAGUCGGGAUAACGCAGAUUUGGGCACCGCCUUCGUGAAAUUCUCCACUCUAACAAAAGAACUAUCAACGCUUCUUAAAAACCUGCUACAGGGAUUAAGCCACAAUGUCAUCUUCACCUUGGAUUCUCUCUUGAAAGGGGACUUAAAGGGCGUAAAAGGGGACCUUAAGAAGCCAUUCGACAGAGCGUGGAAGGAUUAUGAAACCAAAUUCACGAAAAUCGAAAAGGAGAAAAGGGAACACGCCAAGCAACAUGGGAUGAUCCGUACGGAGAUUACUGGGGCCGAGAUUGCCGAAGAGAUGGAGAAGGAGAGGAGAUUAUUCCAGCUACAGAUGUGUGAGUAUCUCAUUAAAGUUAAUGAAAUCAAGACUAAGAAAGGCGUGGAUCUGCUGCAGAACCUUAUAAAGUACUAUCACGCACAGUGCAAUUUCUUCCAGGAUGGAUUGAAAACAGCUGACAAGCUGAAGCAGUACAUAGAGAAAUUGGCUGCAGAUUUGUACAAUAUUAAGCAGACCCAAGAUGAGGAGAAGAAACAGCUCACUGCCCUGCGAGACCUGAUAAAAUCCUCUUUACAGCUGGAUCAGAAGGAGUCUAGAAGAGAUUCCCAGAGUAAGCAGGCAGGCUACAGCAUGCACCAGCUCCAGGGGAACAAGGAGUAUGGCAGCGAGAAGAAAGGCUACCUGCUGAAAAAAAGUGAUGGCAUCCGGAAAGUAUGGCAGAGGAGGAAGUGCACUGUGAAAAAUGGAAUCCUGACCAUUUCCCAUGCAACGUCAAACAGGCCACCGACAAAGCUGAACCUGCUGACCUGCCAAGUCAAGCCGAACGCUGAUGAGAAGAAAUGCUUUGAUCUCAUCUCACACAACAGAACAUACCACUUCCAAGCAGAGGACGAACAAGAAUACAUUGCGUGGAUAUCAGUUCUGACAAAUAGCAAAGAAGAUGCACUCAAUAUGGCUUUCCGGGGAGACCAGAGCACUGGCGAGAGCAGCCUGGAGGAUCUGACUAAGGCCAUUAUAGACGAUGUACAGAAAACGCCUGGAAAUGAAGUUUGCUGUGAUUGUGGGUCACCGGACCCGACAUGGCUUUCCACAAACCUUGGGAUUUUAACCUGUAUAGAAUGUUCGGGCAUACAUAGGGAAAUGGGGGUUCAUAUCUCUAGAAUCCAAUCUCUGGAAUUAGACAAAUUAGGGACUUCUGAACUCUUGCUGGCCAAGAAUGUAGGAAACAAUAGCUUCAAUGAUAUUAUGGAAGGGAAUUUGCUGUCUCCGUCAGCCAAGCCUUCUCCCUCCAGUGAUAUGAUUGCACGUAAAGAAUAUAUCACUGCCAAGUACGUGGAGCGGAGGUUUUCCAGAAAGAUCUGUUCUACUGGGGCAGAAAAACUGAAUGAGCUACUUGAGGCUGUGAAAUCCAGGGACUUACUUGCACUAAUCCAAGUCUAUGCAGAAGGUGUAGAGAUCAUGGAACCACUGCUAGAAUCUGGACAGGAGCCAGGUGAAACUGCACUUCAUUAUGCAGUCCGGACAGCUGACCACACGUCUCUUCCCUUGGUGGACUUCCUGGUACAAAACUGUGGAAAUUUAGAUAAGCAGACUGGAAAGGGCAACACUGCUUUACACUACUGCUGCUUAUAUAACAAGCCGGAAUGCUUAAAAUUGCUUUUGAGGGGAAAGCCAACUAUUGAUGCUGUUAACCAUAUUGGUGAGACGGCUUUUGAUGUAGCAAAGAGACAGAAAGCAGCCCAGUGUGAGGAACUGGUAUCCCAAGCCCUGGCAGGGAAGCUGAAUCCUCAUGUUCACGUGGAGUACGACUGGAACCUGCGUCAGGAAGAAAUGGAUGAGAGCGACGAUGAUUUGGAGGAUAAGCCAAGCCCAAUAAAGAAAGAGCGUUCCCCCAGACCCCAGAGCUUCUGCCAUUCGUCCAGCAUUUCCCCACAAGACAAGCUGUCGCUGCCAGGUUUCAGUACUCCUCGGGACAAGCAGAGACUCUCUUAUGGCGCCUUUACCAACCAAAUAUUCAUGUCUACAAGCACAGAUUCCCCCACGUCUCCUACUGCAGAUGCCCCUCCGCUGCCCCCUAGGAACGCAGGCAAAGUGGCGAGUGGCCCUACUUCAACCCUCCCUCUAAGCACCCAAUCCCCUAGUGGCAGUUCCACUCUGUCCAAGAAGAGACCUCCUCCCCCACCCCCGGGACACAAACGAACCCUCUCCGACCCACCAAGUCCGCUACCUCAUGGCCCCCCCAGUAAGGGCUCAGUUGUUUGUGGUAAUGACUUGGGCCCGAGUGCUGCAGACAGAACUCUAAAUAAGUUUGAGAGAUUGUCACAGUCAUCAGGCACAGGAACAACAAAGACUGCAUUAGGCCCAAGAGUCCUACCAAAACUACCUCAGAAAGUGGCACUUAGGAAAAUAGACACCACUCAUCAUCUCUCAAUGGAUAAGUAUAACCAGCAACCCGAAAUCUUCCAGAAAUCUCCCCAGCCUGGAGAUCUGCCUCAGAAGCCACAAAUUGCAGAUCUUCCUCCGAAACCGCAGCCUUUGGAUAUCGCCCAGAAACCACACGUCGGAGAUCUACCUCCCAAGCCCGGAGAAUUGCCUCCUAAACCUCAGCUAGGAGAUUUGCCCCCGAAACCGCAAGAUUUACCUCCAAAGCCACAGCUGAAAGAUCUUCCGCCCAAGCCCAACCUGGCAGAGGUGAUGUGCAAAACUCCUGUUGCGGAUAUAGUCCCCAAACCUCAUACCAAUGAGGCCAAUCAAAAUUCCCAGCCGGUGGAUGCGACCCAUAAUGCACAGCCCACGGACCAAACCCCUGUCCAGAAGCAAGUUCCAGAAACUUCCAAUAAUGGCCCACCGCCUCUUCCAGAAACACCCGUGCCACUUCCCCGAAAGAUAAACACAGGGAAGAAUAAGCUUAAACGAGUUAAAACAAUAUACGACUGCCAAGCGGACAAUGAUGAUGAACUCACAUUUGCGGAGGGGGAAGUGAUUAUCGUCACUGGAGAGGAGGACCAGGAGUGGUGGAUUGGGCACAUCGAAGGCUUCCCGGACAGGAAAGGAGUAUUCCCUGUGUCCUUCGUCCACCUGUUGACUGAAUAAUAAGCAAAGCAUAUCUGCCCCCCCGCUGCAAUCCGCUCUGUGCUCCACUCUGUGUAUAUAAGCUGCUGUUACACAGUCCAUUUCAUCCCAAACCUUCAUCUUGUGCUGAACUCUAUAUGUGUAUUGUCAGUGUACAACGUCCUUCUGCCUUUGCCAGUAUUACAGUAGCCCAAGGGGGACACUUGGAAGCCGUCCGUGGCCUCUGGGCAAGCUGUGAUCCAUCCCUGCCAACAUUCCCCAUCUGGGCUGUCUCCGUUCAACACUAUAUAUCUGCCGGGGAAACCGCUUCUCCAUUGCCCGGACCUGCCAACAAGCCCCCCCCCUGUAUGAACACAACCAGUGACUCUAGGUAUUUAUUGUAUCAAUGGCAGAAUUCCACGUAGAUUUUAAUUAUUGAUGGUAUUAAUGUGCCCUGUGUCUGUUCCCUGUCAUUGGCCGCCUCCAUGCCGUUACUUUGCUACAAGUAGUACAGAAAACAAAAGCUAUAUUUCUAUCUAAAGACUUCUUUUGUUAGAAGGAUAUACAUAUAUAAAUAUAUAUAUACACUCACACACACACAUAUAUAUAUCUCUAAAUGACAUUUGCGGUUUGUUUGGUCGGACUCAGACGAAUGAGAGCGAUAUUAGUCUGUUUACAUUAUGCAUGCAUUUCUUACCCGAUUCCGGCAUACUUGAACCUGCCUUUACGGAAACAGGAAUUUCAUUGUAGCCCUAAAUGGGGCCAACGGGGGGAGUCACGGGCCAUCGCAGAGAUUCUAUUUUUUCCCCCCCAUGUGAAUAGCCACAUGGAACAGACAGUGUUAAAUAUGGCGUCGAGCCCUCUCUCAGUAAUAAAUAUCAUUAGUACCGCGGUUAUGUACAAUUAGCAUUUCCUUUAUUUUGUAUAUAAUUUAAUCUGUACCAUAAAUUAUAAAAAGUAGGGUGACUUUUAUGUAUAUGGCUAGUGAUAGAGAAGCUUAUUGGUAACAGAAUGCGAUUCAAGCUGGAGAAAGUCUCCGGUGGCCGCGGUAGGUAGGAGGCGGCACCCCGUCCUGCGCCGCCAUACCCGGCCAAUCGCGUGAUUUCUAAUCAUCGUUAGUGGAGCGAUCUGUGGUAGCUUUUUAGUUUGGGAAAGGGGUGAGGGAGAACUCAGUGGAGUCAUGUGUUAAAGGGAUCGGUUCCUCUUUAAAUUAACUCUUAGUGUGAUGCAGGCAGGGAUGUUCUAAGGCAAUUUGCAAUUGGUCCUUAUUUGCUUGUGGUUUUUGAUUGAUUUAGCUUUCCAGUUUGGUAGGGAUGCAACGAAUCCAGGAUUCGGUUCGGUAUUCGGACAAGGUUCUGCCUGUUUCGGCAGGAUUCGAAAAAUCAUGUGACUUGAAAAGUUCAAAGUUUUUUUUAACAUUUAACCCUUACAAAACCUCAUUAGCAAAUGCUAAUUAGGAUUCGGUUUGGUAUUCUGACAAAUCCUUUACGAAGGAUUCAGGGGUUUGGUGCAUCCCUACUACUUGGUUGCUAGUGUCCAGGUUACCCUGGCAACCAGGCGGUGGUUUGAAUGACAGCCUGGAAGGCAUAAGGAACAUAAAGUAAGAAUGCAAUUGUAGCCUCACAGAAUGAUCAUUAUCCGGUUGCCAGGGUCAGUGACCCCCUUUUUAAAAGCUAAAAAAAAUAGUCAGAUAAUUAAAAAAAAAAACUACAAAAAAUCAGAGACCAAUUGAAACAUUUCAAGAGUAGGACAUUAAAAGUUAGUUUAAAGGGGAACUCCACCUUUAGCAGAAUAUCAAAACCACUAUGUAUUCCUUUAUCCACUACAGUUGCCCCAAUGAACCCCGGACUGACGGAGCUAAAAGGCCCUUGAACCCUCUCCCUGAUAAUAUGCACUUGGGUUACGGAUUUCUCUUGGGAACCAAUACCUGUCGUUGCUUUAUGGCACAUCAUUUCUGCAUGUAAAAUUGACUUUAUUUAUAAUUCCUAGGUUUUUUUUUUUGUUUUGUUUUUUUUAAAUAUACUACUUUCCGAUUGGUUCCAAUGCAUUCGGCUUUUAUUAAUAAAGUUAGAAAAUGAAAAAAAAAAACCAGAACCCAGCGAGACUUUGCAUGGAAAAGCCCUAUUUAUUUGCAGUUAUUCUGGCGACAUCAUAUCACAUGGAGUUAAAGGGAAAGCGCACCCACGUGAGAAAAGAGGGCGUAGAAUUAGCAGCCGCAGCGAGGCCCUCGCUCAGUACUCCCAGCACAUGGUACAGUAGCCUGUAAGCUCAUUUUAUUAACCAUUCCAUAAUAUAGGAUAAUAAAAACCUUUUAACGUCAA